AUAAUGAAGGACCGGCAUCAGCUAAAGUUCAGGAUGUAGAUAUGACAGAGGCAGUGGAAGGUGAAAGCGAAGAAACCUCUAAUCUAACAGAAGAGGUAAGAAAAUUAUCUGUAGACGAUGGUAGAGCUAUCUCCCAAAGUAAAACGAAAUCUAUGGAAUCUGAAAAAGUGCAAUGUUUAAUAAAAGAACUGUCUAUGUCUCACAAACCAAUUGAUGAUAAUGAUAGUGAAAAUAAAACCAGGAAAUCAAAACCAAAAACUUUACUCCAGUUAUAUUAUAAUGCAAGCCGGGCAGAAAAAUAUGUAACUCGGCCUACCAAGAAGAAAUUAGGUGUUGGUACCUGUUUGCUGAAAAAUUUGAAGAAAGGGUUAAAGAAAUUAAAAAUGAUAAUAGUUAGAUUUAAUGAUCAACAAGCUAGAGCAAAAACUAGAAAUAUUUAUAAGUUGUUUGGUGAAAGUUAUGACCCUGAAACCAAAACA